CUGGAAGUGAAACACCGUCGUCACCUAGAGAUGUUUGUUUACAUACAGUCCCCACUUGUUAUGUCUUGGCAGGGCCACGCAGGGGUCAGCGAUUGGGGAAUCCCCAACGCUUACUUCUUCUCCAAAGUGGACCUCUCCCGCUACCCGGUGUGGGGUUCAACAUUCGCAAUUGCGGUCACGUCACAGCUCGCGACUCAAGAUGGAAAUAUUUUGUUUAUGCUUCCAAGUUUUCAUUUCCAUAUCUUUUCUCUUUCCUCCCUUGAAGUAUCACAAGGGAAAUACCCAAUAAUGAAAACAACAUCCAACCUUAUCCUCCUUUGGGGGACCUUCCUUCUCUCCCACAGCUCUGCCUUCGUCAUCGAAAACACCUACCAACACCCACUCAUCGUCGAUGACUCUUCCAUCUCUCCCCUCCAGAUCUCUACCUCAUCUGACGCCAACAAUGCGCCAUCCUACCGCAAGAACCUUCUCUCCCUCCACAAAUCCCUGAUCGAAAUCCCCUCCAUCUCCCGCACCGAGCAAGAAGUCGGCAAGUUCCUCCUCGACUACCUCCGUAACAACCUCGGCUACGUAGCCAAGGCCCAAUUCCUCGAAAGCGACAAGAAGGCCUCCCACGGUGACGACGAUGACCACUCCCAAGGGCGCUUCAACGUGCUCGCCUGGCCGAGCUCGCACAACCUCUCCAGCCCGCGCGUGCUAGUCACCUCGCACAUCGACGUCGUCCCGCCCUUCAUCCCCUACCACAUCAGCACCUCUGAGGGGUCCGACGAAGUCACGUCCGACGCCUUCAUCAGCGGCCGCGGCUCCGUCGACGCCAAAGCCAGCGUGGCCGCGCAGAUCGUCGCGGUCGAGGAGCUCAUCCGCGCCAAGGAGGUGGACCCAGCCGAUCUGAUGCUCCUGUUCGUCGUGGGCGAGGAGAUUAGCGGCGAUGGGAUGAAGACGUUUUCGACUGUUUACAACGAUGAGGAAAAGAACAAGAAGGAAGAAUUACCCCGAUUUAAGGCGGCCAUCUACGGCGAGCCGACGGAGAACAAGCUCAGCUGCGGACACAAAGGCAUGACGGGCGGCGUGCUCAAAGCCCAGGGAAUCGCCGGCCACUCGGGCUACCCCUGGCUGUUCAAGAGCGCUACUGAAAUACUGGUCAAGGCGCUCGCGAAGAUCGUUUCCGCGGACCUGGGCAGCAGCGAGCGCUACGGCAACACGACGGUGAACAUCGGCACCAUCGCGGGCGGCGUGGCGGCGAACGUGAUUCCCAAGGAGGCGCAGGCGAAGCUGGCCAUUCGCGUCGCGGCGGGUAACCAAGCUACCGGUGCGGAUAUUGUGAGGAAGGCGGUGGACAAGAUUCUGAAGGAGACCGAUGAGGAAGCGUUCACGAUGGAGUGGACGGGUGGGUAUGGUCCUGUCGAGUGUAAUUGCGAUGUGGACGGGUUUGAGACCAUGGUGGCGAGCUAUGGGACGGAUGUGCCUAACUUUGAGGGCGAUUAUGUCAGUUAUUUGUAUGGGCCUGGAAGCAUCUUGGUGGCGCAUGGCGAUGAUGAGGGGUUGAAAGUUAGUGACUUGGAGACUGCGGUGGAGGGGUACAAGACGCUUAUCAAGCAUGCGCUUGCUGCUUGAAGAAGUUUUGGGGGGCUUCUGGGUUUAUGAUUUUGAUGAGAUAUGGGUUAUGUAGAAUGUUGGAUAUGAGAGCAUGCAAGCGAAUGAAUUCCCAA